AUGGCGUCGGCUUCCCUCCUCAAGUCCUCCCCCGUCCUCGACAAAUCCGACUGGUUGAAGGGCCAGUCGUUGCGAUAUGCUCCUGCGGCCUCGGUCUCGGCGCGGUCCCUCCCCGCCGCCUCUCUCACCGUCCGCGCCUCCUCCUACGCCGAUGAGCUCGCCAAGACCGCGGUAAGCCCUCCAGAUCCGUGGCCUACCUUCUCCUUCUUGUGCGGUCGAUGGUGAUUUCUGGUCGCUGACUCUGUGGAUGGAUGGUUUGGGGGGAUCUACGUGGGUUCAGAAAACUGUGGCCUCGCCAGGGCGCGGGAUUCUGGCCAUGGACGAGUCCAACGCGACCUGCGGGAAGAGGCUGGCCUCGAUCGGGCUGGAGAACACGGAGGCCAACCGCCAGGCCUACCGUACACUCCUGGUGUCUGCUCCAGAUCUCGGGAAAUACAUCUCCGGGGCGAUUCUCUUCGAGGAGACGCUCUACCAGAGCACCACCGAGGGGGAGAAGAUCGUCGACAUCCUCACCAAGCAGAACAUCGUCCCCGGCAUCAAGGUGGACAAGGUAAAGCAGAUGCAGAGCCUUCUCGCUGCCAGUUAGCAUCGUCUGUUCGAUUUGGGGACGAUCCGUGAUGCUGAACUCUGAGGCUUUGCUGCUCAGGGACUGGUUCCCCUCGCCGGCUCCAACGACGAGUCGUGGUGCCAGGGUCUCGACGGCCUCGCCUCCCGCUCCGCCGCCUACUACCAGCAGGGCGCCCGCUUUGCCAAAUGGUGAGAUAUCCACUCACUCUUCGCAUCAGUCCGUCCUCUUCCUGGUCUGCUCUGAACUCUCCCCUGCGAAUGUCACCAGGCGCACGGUCGUGAGCAUUCCAAAUGGUCCUUCUGCCCUCGCGGUGAAGGAAGCCGCCUGGGGCCUCGCGCGCUACGCCGCCAUCUCGCAGGUGAGGAACCCUAAUCCCCGUUGCCUCGCAGAUGAGGGACGUCUCCUCCGUCCUCGCUGUGAGAUUGAGCAUCUCCUACUGGUGAUUCUGCGAACAGGACAACGGGCUGGUCCCGAUCGUGGAGCCGGAGAUCCUCCUCGACGGCGACCACGGGAUCGAGAGGACCUUCGAGGUGGCCCAGAAGGUGUGGGCGGAAGUCUUCUUCUACCUGGCAGAGAACAACGUAUUUUUCGAGGGCAUCCUCCUCAAGCCCAGCAUGGUUACCCCGGGAGCAGAGUGCAAGGACAGGGCCACCCCCCAGCAGGUCGCCGACUACACCCUCAAGCUCCUCCGCCGCAGGAUCCCCCCGGCCGUCCCCGGCAUCAUGGCAAGCUCUCCAUCCACCCCGAAGACCAGGCCGCGAAACCCUAAUCAAUCACCCUGGUCUGACGAAAUUCCUCCUUUCCUCGUGUCUCAGUUCCUCUCCGGCGGGCAAUCGGAGGUCGAGGCCACGCUGAACCUCAACGCCAUGAACCAGGCCCCCAACCCAUGGCACGUCUCCUUCUCCUACGCGAGGGCACUCCAGAACACUUGCCUGAAGACCUGGGGAGGCCUCCCGGAGAACGUGAAGGCGGCGCAGGACGCCCUCCUGCUGCGGGCCAAGGCCAACUCCCUCGCCCAGCUCGGGAAGUACACCGGUGAAGGCGAGUCCGACGAAUCCAAGGAGGGGAUGUACGUCAAGAACUACAGCUACUAG